GUUUUGAUCUUAAAUUAAAUGAAAAUUUAGAAGGAAAAAAGGUCAAGAAUCGUUGAAAUUUGUUCCAUAAACCCAUCGAAUCAUGGCAAAAACCACUGCUGAGUUCGAAAUCGAGAAGCACAUCUUGCCGCUGGAAGUUCAGCUCUCCGACGGAACUCGAGGACGUGUUUUCAGUCGUGGCCCACGCAACGACAAGAACGUUUUCGUGUACACCUGUCACAUUUGCGGCAUCGAAAGUCUCACGGGCGAACAUUUUCUCCAAAGUCACAUCCAAGGCAAAAAGCAUCAGUCGAAAAUGGAGUUGCGAGUACACGACGCGACGCAAUUUCGCGCAUUAAAAGCCAAAAUUCAAAAGAUUCCGAUGAAUAUUGCGCCGGGAGAGCCUGUUCCGCCUGGAUUUGAGAACGAAGUGAAGCCCUUUGCAGCGUUACAAGCAACUUUGGAUAAAUUCAAACUCGCCCCGCUCGUCGGAUUGGAGUACAUAAUGGAACUUGUGCCCGAUGAAAUGGAUUCUGAAGCGGCAAAAACGAGUUAUCAUUGCAUUUUGUGCGACAAACGAGGAGAUCAGCACACAAUUAUGGCGCAUAUCACGAGUUACAAUCAUCGCACGAAAUAUUUGGAGAAACAUUUUCCGGGCGUCAUCAAGGAAAUCGGGCCAAUUCGUUUCAACAAAGAAGCCUCGAAGCUUCACGUCCCGCAGGAAAUUGUUGAACGCGUUUGCAAAAGCAUCGAAGACUAUCACGGGCGUUUGACGCCAAAUGUGCAUCCCGCGAAGGAUUACGAGCAGAACAAGAUGAAAUAUCUGCAAGAAGCGAUUUUCGACAAACAUUUCGACGAAAGAACGGGCCCGAAAUUUAUCGAUGCCGUCGAUCGAAAAGCCAUUGAGAAUUUUUUCAAGAAUUUAGACAACGGAAAUGGCUCGAAGGAGGUUUCGAUUGUCGAGCAAGCGUCAAAUUUGGGCAAAACCGAGUCCGUUAUCGAGUUGAGUGACGCCUCUUCUAUUUCCUCCGGGUCUCUUGGUCGAUCUAGAAGUCGCUCGCCCAACAGGAAACGGCGUCGGAAUGAUUCGCACACAACGAAUUCGCGGCGCAGAAGCGUUUCGCCAUUCAAUCGGAAACGAAGACCGUCGCCUGAGAGGAGAAUGCAUAAUAAGAGAAGUUCUCGUUCGCGAUCGCCACGGAGAGGAAGUCAGAAUCCACGCGUGAAAUUGGAUCAUUUGGGGUCGUUGAGUGAAAAAACGCCCUUUGACAAGCACAAAAGUAGCGAAGUUGCGAAUGUAGCUGCCGGGUUACAUGGAAAAAUGUCGGCAAAGUGUCGCGAUGAGAUUAAUAAGUCAGUUGAGUUGCUGAAAAGAUUGAAUAAGGAAUACCUCAAAAACCCCGAACGCCAUCCUGAAUACAACGACGAAUGGAAACGCUUCUGGAAUCGUCGCUUCAAAGAAGUCCAAAAGGAGGGAAAAGACCCUUCAAAAUACGACUUCAAACCCGAUUGGAUUGAAUAUUGGUCAGCUCGCAUGAAAGAACUCUUCGACGAGGACAUUGACCGAAAAAUCAAGGAAAUUCAGAAGAAACAUCGCUCCAAAAGUCCCUCGCCUGCCGUUUCACGAAGCUCUCGUUCGCAUCGCACAAACAGGAGUCGUUCCAGAGAUCGUCGAGGCGCAAAAAGAAGUCGAACGCGUUCCCUGAGUUCCUUAGAGAGUGUCGAUCUUGGCCGAAAACCAAGUAAGGGACGUUCUCGCAGCAAAAGCCGAAGUUAUGCCGAUUCUCACAAAGACCCGUAUAAAGAUGAUUUUUACGCGGCACCUUAUCCCGGUUACGAAAUGGACCCAUAUGGAGCUCCUUCAGGGUAUUAUCCGCCCGCAGCGUAUGGAGUUCCGCCGGCAGCGCCUUAUUAUAGCUCUGUGCCCAUCAAACCUGAGCUAAAAGUUGAAGAAGAAAAGGAAGAAGAGAGUAACGAACCAAUUACAUUCGUUUCAGUGCUUCGUUCAGUGUCUGCAGUUGAAGAAUAUCUCGGCGAAACGUUAGCUCCGAUGGUUUUAAAUCUCCUUUCGAAGGCUCUGAGCUUGGAAAAAGAGAAACCAAAUGCUGCCGAUGACUACAUGUUGACUUCUGAGCAUUGUGUGAUCCUGGAAACGGUCAAAGAAAAGCUGAAAGGAAAGCUAAAUGAGAAACUAAUUCGUGAAAAUGCUCAAAAAGCAACAAAAAAAGCGAUUAAAAACAUCGCCGAACUCAUUCACAUCUUUUCCUCGAAGAACAAGGAAAAAUCCGAGGAUGGCGGAAAAAAACGUCCCGCCGAAAUUGAAGCGCUUGCCACGAGAAUCAAAUCCGCGUUGAUCGUUCAAGGCAAAACUGACACCCCCGAUCCCGUAAUUGAUGAAAUUAUCAAAAUUUUCAUCGACAUGGCGAAGCAGCAUGACAACACGAAGCAAUUUACGACCAAAUAUUACUUAAUCAAGAACAAAUUUAUCGAUGUGGCUCCCUCGCAAAAAUCUUCGGGCGAAAAUUCGUACGAAAGUUUGUCAGAUUCCGACUUGAAAAUGUUGCUACAAAAUUUCAAAGCACUUUCGUCGAGUGAACAGCAACAUUUGAUCUCGUAUCUGAAGAAACUCGAGUCCACGGACAAAGAACGCGUCAAAAAAUUACGAACUUACGUGCAAAUGUACGAAGAUGAUGGCGACGAAGAGCUCGAUGAACCUCCCCCAGUAACUUCAAAACCCGAAAAUCCUUUGGCAAAGCUCAAAAUGGAAGAACCACAAGACCCGAGAUUAGCUGGAAUCACUUUAAACGCCCCGCAGAAGAAAUCUCUCGAUAUUUUCUUGUCUGACGACGAAGACGAUUACAACGACGAUGACUUGGUGAAGAGCACAAAGACAAAAAUUUCAACCGAAACGACAAAUUCCGAUGAAAAUACGAGUCAAAGUGCCCUAAAAGACGAUUCGCGUGACUCAAAUUCGCUUUUGAAUAAACUUUGCAACCCCGACACGCAAAAUAUUAUCGCGAAUUUGAUGGGAUCGUUACAACAAUCGAUCAAUACCGUGCAGCAAAGUCAACAAGCGGCACAACCAGCUCCCGUCGCAAAGCCAUCCAUCACGGGAUACAAUCAGUAUGUGGCAAAAAGUACAAUUCAAGGGGCCCGAACUGCCCAAAAUCCAUCGACAAAUGUUCAGAGAGCGCCAAAUACGCAACAACCGACGCCGCCGCAGCAACAAACACCUCAGCAAAACUUUUCAUUCCAGGGACAAACGCAAAAUUCGCUCUUUCCCAUUAACCAAAUGUACCCUUUUAUGCAACAAAUGGGAAAUUACGGACAAUUUAACCAGCAGCAGCAGCAACAACCGCAAGUAAAUGCCGUAAAUAACGGAAAUCCGUCGCAGCAAAGACCAACGGGACACACUUCGUACGUUCGAACAGGAAAUCAACAAAUAAAUCCGUGGCAAGUGAACAUGAAUCAGCAACAAAACCAACAAAAUCAGCAAAACCAGUCGAAUAACCGAACGAGCCAACCUUUUUAUCAAUAUUAUCAAAACUAAAAAAUGAUAAUUUUUCGUAAAAAAAAUUGAAAAAAAUGUGAAAAGUGACUUUUUAUCAUGAAAUUUGAUACAAAAGUGAUCAAAACUAAUUUAAGGCGCUUAUUUUUAUAAAAAUAAUAUUAAAUUUAUUUCUUUUUUUUGUUAUUCUUGUAUGAAUAGCUUCUAAACUACUAACUGUAUUCCACAAAUUAAAGUUUUUAAUUUUAUUUGAAAAAAAUUACGGGAGGACGAAAUUCAAAGAUGAAAAGAAGUGACAGCAAGUGAAGAUCAUUAACUAAAAAAAUUUUUUGAGGUCAAUUCCAGCGGACAAGUCCUUCUUGAAAAACAAAAAAAAAAGUUAUUUGCUGUCAUUUUUAUUAUUGAUUUAUUCUACAAGUGAAUGAUGAUGAUCAAUUAAAUUUAAUAAUGGUUCUUAAUGC